AUGCCUCCGCGUGAUGUUGUCUUUGCGCCUGAACCUGAAACAAAGAAGAUUACUGAGAUUAAUCCUAUUGACGAGUUACUUACCGCUGACGUUAUGCAGGACAUGCCUCCGCGUGAUGUUGUCUUUGCGCCUGAACCUGAAACAAAGAAGAUUACUGAGAUUAAUCCUAUUGACGAGGUACUUACUGCUGACGUUAUUCAGGACAUGCCUCCGCGUGAUGUUGUCUUUGCGCCUGAACCUGAAACAAAGAAGAUUACUGAGAUUAAUCCUAUUGACGAGGUACUUACUGCUGACGUUAUUCAGGACAUGUCUCUGCGUGAUGUUGACUUUGCGCCCGAACCUGAAACGAAGAAGAUUACUGAGACUAAUCCUAUUGACGAGGUACUUACCUGUGACGUUAUCCAGAACAUAGCCAGGGUGAUGUUGUCUUUGCACCUGAACCUGAAAUAA